AUGCCAGAAAGUAAAGAGGCAGCAGAACUUGGAAAGUUUGGUAGGCAGGAAGACAGCUCCUCCCUAGCAGUUCACGGAAUAUAUCCAGAGCCAAGCAAAUCGUCCUUAAAAUCCACUGUAGACACCACAUUGCCAUCCUUGAAAAAUAAAAAUGAAGAAUAUCUAGAGACACCAAGACAAGCCUCCAGAGAACUUCAUAUUUCAGCGCCUGGCGCUCUUUUGAACUCAGAUUCUACUUUAUCAACCUUUCCUGACCUUUCUGGUAGUCCUCCACAAGAACAAUAUUUUGUAGAUGAAGCAUGCCAAAUAGAUACGUUCGAACAACAGGAUUCCUCACCAAGAAAAAAUGAAAACCUAGCUGAAGAAUGGACAUUUUACCCAAGCUCUGGCAAUCACACUUACCAUAUAGGGAAAAGAUGUUUGUUUUAUGGUAUCCACCUCCGAAAUAAAGCUACAUCUUCUGAGAGGACACUGGAAAAGUCUAUAGGGAGGAAGAAAUAUGUAGAUGAAACUUCCUCCCGAAAUGGCAUCCCAAUGAGGAUACUUGGUGACCAUCCAUUUGCUGCUCCUGAACAAAGUACAGAUUUCCACAAAAAGGGAUCAACAGUAUCUCCAGUUGAUUUUGGGAGCUCUAGCUAUAAAAAGAGGUCAGAUACCUUUAUCCCUCUCCAGAGUUUGCCAGUAACUCCUAGUGUGCCUUUCCGUGUAAAAGAGAAAGAGCUAGAAUUAGAGAGAGAAAAGAUGGAAGUGAAGAACCUGGAAACCUGGAAACCUAGCCCAAGUUUGAUGCAAUCUUUACUUGAAAGUGGACAAUCCAGAAAACUAACUUUGUCAUAAUUGAAGAAUGGAAGGCAAGCUUGGUCCAAAAGCUCUGAUUUUGCAUCUUGUAAGUUGUAGGACACAUCUGUAAAUACAUCUCCUAGAAAUUCUUGCCCAAUAGAAAUGACCACAUUUUGAAUAAUUGCAGAAAGUUAGUUGUUUCUGUGCACUAUGUAGUUGUUUUAU